AUGUCCCUCAGACGCAACACCGCCGCCGCCCUCAGAGCAGCGCCCCUCCUCAGGGCUGCCCCCCUCAUCUCAACACGAAACGUCAAUGACCUCACCGUCACCUCCCCUCCAAACUCGUCCGCCUCCGUCCGCCCAGCGAUCCGCCACGGACCUCCCACAGGUGGCCGCUCAUCCGACUCUGGCAGCACUGUCACCGUCUUUGGAUCCACCGGUUUCCUCGCGAGGUACCUCAUCCAGAAACUCGCCAGGCAGGGCACCCAGGUCAUCGUGCCCUACAGAGACGAAGACGAGAAACGCCGACUGAGACCGUGUGGUGACCUGGGACAGAUCGUGCCGCUCGAGUGGGAUGCUAGACGUCCAGAGCAGACAGCAGAGUGCAUCAAGCACUCUGAUGUUGUGUACAACUUGGUCGGGAGAGAUCACGAGACUAGAAACUACUCUUACCACGACGUCAACGUCAGCGUGGCCGAGUCCAUUGCCCAGAUCUCCGCCGACCUCGGUACUCCUCGACUUGUGCACGUUUCUCACCUCAACGCCAACCCCGACUCGCCUUCCGAGUUCUACCGCACCAAGUUUGCCGGCGAGCGAGCUGUCAGGGAUGCGUUCCCCGAGGCCACCAUCGUCAGGCCAUCUCAGAUGUUUGGCCACGAAGACUGGCUGUUGAACCAGAUUGCUCGUUACCCCAUCUUCUCCAAGCUCAACGGCGGCCAGACCAGGCUCUUCCCCGCGCAUGUCAUUGACGUCGCCGAGGCCCUCAACCGUAUGCUCAACGCCCCCGUCACCUCUACCGCCUCUACUUUCGCCCUCCCCGGUCCCGAGCUCUACACUUGGGCCGAGCUCGAGCGUCUCGUCUCAACCCUCGUCCUCCAACCCGCUUCCACUGCCCCAACCCUUCCCAAACCUGUCGCGCUUCUCCUCGCCAAGCUCGUUAACCGUGGUCUCUGGUGGCCUACGACUUCGCCUGAUGAAAUUGAGAGGAUGUAUAUCGAUGAUGCUGGUGCGGACUCUUUCCAGAUCAAGGCGUCUGGGCCUGCUGGUUGGAACACGCCUAGUGGUAUUGAUAUGGUCGGCGUCGAUGGAGAGCCGGUCAAGAGCUGGGCCGAUUUGGACAUUGAACCGGAUACCAUUGCUGAGCAUGCUAUCAAGCCUUUGCGACGAUACCGAUCUGCUGCUACCUACGAUCUCCCCGUCGAGAACCACAUCAUCAAGGCUCCCAAGCAAUACCACGUCCUUCCUUAG